UAAAGUUGGGUGCUGCGCCAAUGAGAGGGGGUGGGAGAGGACCGGCUUCCGCGACCAUACCUCCCUCCUCUGGUGAAUGUGUAAACUCAUUCAGACGCAGUUUUUGCCGCGGGGUGGCUUAGCGUCCCGGAACUGAGGGCUCGGCCUGUGGGGGAGCGAGUAUGAAACUGAAUUGCGCAGUCAGGGAGGUUUGCUGCUGACUUGCACAGUUCUUUCAUUUAAAAAAAAUUGAAAAAGCUCCCCACAUAAUGUCGCUGUUGGGAGUGUUCUACAGAACCUACCUCCGAAUCGUGCCCGGGAGAAUGGACAGUUAAUUCCUUAAACAACCUAUGUUUCAGGGCGACAAAGCUCUGAGGAAACACACCUGUGGUACCACGACAUGUGCUCCCGCUACCUCGCUCAGCGCAGUGACCCGUGCAAAGGACCCGUGACCGGAUCGCAUCCCGAGCGAGAGGGGGACAUCCCUGAGCCUCCAACACACUGCCCCCUGGUUUAACCAGUGAGUCCCGCCUACCCCAGCUCAGACCUCAAACCCCCUCCUGAAUCCUUCUCUCCCUGCCAAGCACCAUGGAGGACAAGCCUUCCAGGAGACGUUUGAAGGCCAGGAGAGACAGCACUCCGAUGAGCAAGAGGAGAGCCCGAGGGGGCGCCGAGGGGACUCGCACUCGGCUCUGGGAGGGCCAGGACGUGCUGGCUCGCUGGAGUGAUGGCCUGCUGUACCUGGGCAAGAUCCGGAAGGUGGACCGGUGGAAGCAUAUCUGCCUUGUUCGCUUCGAGGACAACUCUGAGUUCUGGGAGAUGUGGAAGGACAUAUACCCCUCCGCCCUCCCGGGCUCAGAGCAGGUCUGCUUCCUCUGCUGCGACGACACCUCCAGCCAGCACAACCUGAUCGUCAUCUGUGCAAAAUGCAAACAAGGGUAUCACCAGGAGUGCCAUGCCCCACCAAUCAAGGCUGACGGGGUGGCCCCGUCCUCGUGGAUUUGCCGUUGCUGUGUUUUCGCCGUGGCCACCAAGAAAGGAGGAGCCUUGAAGAAGGGUCCCUAUGCCAAAGCCAUGCUGGCUAUGAAGCAGGCGCUGCCCUACCAGCUUGAGUCUUUGGAGUGGGACUCCGAGCACCUCACCAAUCAGCAGCAGUGUUACUGCUACUGCGGCGGCCCUGGCGAGUGGAAUGUGAAGAUGCUGCAGUGUUACCGGUGUCAGCACUGGUUCCACGAGGCCUGUACGCAGUGCCUGACCAAGCCUCUGCUCUAUGGAGACAGGUUUUACCUAUUUUUGUGCAGUGUCUGCACAGGUGGACCAGAGUAUGUGAAGCGACUACCCCUAGACUGGGUGGACAUUGCACACCUGGUCCUCUACCACCUCACCAGCUGCUGCAAGAGGAAGUACUUUGACUUCGAGCGGGAGAUCCUGGCAUUUGCCAACGAGAACUGGGGCAGCCUGCUCGUCGGAGAGCUCUCCAGCACCACGAAGACUGAACGCUACCAUCAGCUCCUGAAUACCCUGAACAGCCAUCGUGAGAGGUUCGUGUCAGGGAAGGAAAUUAAGAAGAAGAAGUGUAUCUUCGGCCUGCAGGAGCGCCUCCCCCCUCCACCACCCCCCGCUGCCUGUCUACAAGAGAUGUCCAGCAAGUUGUCACUGCCUCUGCUCAGUCCGUCCCGACCCCCCACCAGGUCUGUACUUGAAGGGCUAAAGAAACCAAAGGUGAGAAGACCUUUGCGGCGGAGAGACCCUCAGGACCUGUACGCCCUGAAGACGAGGAAAGCUCGACGCCUGCUGCAAAAAGCCAUCACUCAGAAUGUGGUGGUGAACCCCUCCAGCCAAAACCAGGCCUACCGAGGCAGCAGAGGCAACGUCAGUGCAUGCCCCGUCUGGGAAAACAUCGAGAGCAGAACGCCUCCCAAGAUGAUGUUCGCCUCCAUCCAGCCGUCAUCUAACGCUGUCCGCAGUCUGGAAUCAUCAUCGUCCUCUUCUUUGGAAUAUGGUGACACUGCGGGCUGCCAGACCCGAGCAGCUGGAGGCGGGGCCCGGCUAUCAGAUGGUGAGGAAGGCACUGACCCUCCCGAGGAAGAGGAGGAGGAGGCAGAGGCGGAUGAUGAAGAGGAAGCAGGGGAGGAGGGAGAGGAGGAGGACGAGGAGGGGUGCUUGGACAGCAUGGCAGACAGCCGCUCCCAAUGCGACUCAAGUGACGAGGACCUGCCCCUCUCCUACUUCUGCUCCUCGGUCAACAGCUACUUCGGAGCAAUGGGCAGACUGGCGCGGGGUGAGACGGUGCGGAUCCUCGCCCGUCGGCUGACUCUCGACAAUAAGGUCCAGUACCUGGUUGAGUGGGGCGGCUCUUCCAUGUUUUAGCAGCUGUUGAGGGCUGGCGUGGGGAUGGGAGAGCAGGGAGCCAGGGUCACACGGAGAGAGGUGUCAGCUGCCCUCUGUCUCCGGCUGCCUCGGUCCCCUCUCUCCUUCAGCUCUGCAGGUUUUGAGCACACGGUUAUUGUUUUCAGAUGUUUGGGUUUCAGCCUUUGGCAUGUCUCGGAAGUGAGUGUGGGUCUUGUAUCUGUUCUGGGGGACUGACAGCCUGCUGGGACACGACAUGGGAGGCGCGGGGUUGAGAGUGGGGAGGGGAAAGGGCGUGCAAAGCUCUUCGCGCAGUCCGCCCUUUCGUAAAUUAGCCAGUGUUUUGUAUGUUGGCAGUGUGUCGUCAUCACCCAUGAGUGGGUCUCUGAUAUGCAUCGAUAUGUUUGUCACCCACUGGUGAGCCUGUCACUACUGCUGUGUUGUCUCUGUCAUCCAUUGAUGUGUCUGACACCCGUGGGUGUGUCCCCAUCACCCAGUGAUGUGUCUGGCAUCCAUGGGUGUGCCCCGUCACCCAACGAUGCUCUUGCAUUCUGCUUAACACCCUCUCCUUCCCUCCCUCUUCCUCCCUACCUCCCCCCACCUUUCUCUCUCUUCCCGUCCCCCUUUCCUCCAUGUCUCCCCACUACUCUGUCUUUCUCUCUGCCUCUCUCCCUCUCUGUACAUCUACAUUUCCUUUGUUUUUCCUUUGUCCUCUGCCCUUCCUGCUUCAUCCUCAUUCCUUUCUUCUGCCUCAGCUUCUUGCUCCUGUCCUCGUGCUCCUCUUCCUGCAUAAACUCUUCUUCUCUGCCUGUAACCACCUCUCCCCACCGGCUCCAUCCUGUUCACAAGUGGGUUCGAUCAGGAGUAGCCCAGAGCCUCCACUAUUCUGAUGUGCUGCUGAUUGGAGUCAGGAGCAAGACUCCAAUGCAAAAGACCUCACACGUAGGUCCUUUAACUCUGACAGAUUUACGCCCGCAUGGUUCAGUUCGUUGACGUUCGAGAACAAUCUGACUUUUUUAAAAUUUAUUUCUCCUCAGUCUGACCUUUAGGAGCAGCAGAGUUGUGACAUUCCCCUGGUGCUCCCUCUCCCCCUCCCCUUCUCUCCCUCUCUUCCCACCCCCCCUUCCCUUCCCUCCUCCCUCUCUCUCCUCUCUUCCUACUUUCUUCCCUCUAGCCUCUGCGCCUUCCACCUCUCUCCUCUCUCACCCCUCUCUCUCCCCCCCCUUUCUACCCUCUUUACCACCUCUCUACUCACUGUCUUCUCCCUCUCUCCCCUUCUUCUCCCGUAUAAAGACAUAGGAGCAGAAUUAGGCCACCGAGUCUGCUCCCCCUCCCCCUUCCCCACAUCCUCUCCCCUGCCGACUUUCUAUAUAUCUAUUUUUUCCAAGCCCUUUCAUUAUUUCAAACACCAAAAUCGCACCCUCCCCAAGGUCUGCUACCUUUGUCGAUGGGUAUAACCUUCAUAGUUGGAAACUCCCUCUGGUCACAUGACUGUUCCUUUCACACCCUUGCCCACCCCCCUAUCCCAUCCCCACAGCUUCAGUAACCUUCCCCCCCCCCCCCAUCUGUUCCUUGCCAAAGAUGGUCUGGGUUUUGGGGGCUGGAGUUGCCCUGUUGGUGGUGGCAAGCUCCCAGUUCACCUCCAGUUUCCCCAGCACGACAGCCACAGUGUCCAGAGGCCGUGCCCUGUUGUUAUGGGAGACGGGAGAUGGGCAGGACCCGCCCAUCUCAGCCCCAGAGCUGGUGUCCUUCCAUCCUUGCAGCAGGGAGCAUGUUUAAAAUUAUUGUGAGUAUUGAGUCCAUGUGGUGCCGGUGUUAAUCGCACAGGGAUUUUUAGGCUUAAUCCUAUAGGGUGGCGAUGGUUAAAUCAAGACUUGAUAUCUCACAUCGCACAGUGCCUUUGGUUAAUCCCAGCGAGAUGUCAGGGUUGACCCUAUGGAGGGUUAAGGAAGGUUCUGUGUUUGGACUCAGUGACUAGUGUUUCUAGGUUGGGCCUGUGUGUGGCCUGGAGGUGAACCUGUGGACAGUGGAGCCUGCUCACCCAUCUCUCCCUCCUCUCUGGGUGGCCAGGGCUUUGGGAUUUGCUGCUGCCUAUCCCCUCUGCUUGCUCAUGGAGGGGCUGGAUAUGUGGGGUGAGGAUAGGAAUCCCAUGACGACUGCAGGUAGGCAAUUGAGCCUCAGGGGUCAGGGAUUGACCCAUAACCAUCCGACCCUACAGGGGAGCAGGGGCUGCGGUGUAAGGCACUCCCUACCCUCCUCGAGUGGUACUUGGACCUGUUGCUGCGUGAGGGAGCCACACUUGAGGAUCUCUAUCUGCACCCCAUCCCUCUCCCAGCGCCGCCCACUUCCCAGUGACUGUCGCCCCCUUCCUCCACGACCCACCUGCACUGCCCCUUCCUCUACCUCCGAGGCGUCUGGAUCAGAAUUCCCUGUAGGAAUUGUGUGUCCUCAAGGUGAGGGAGCAGGUGGACUGUCCCAGCUUCCAUUCCUCCCAUCCCCUCUGUCUUACUCCCCGCUCUCAUUCUCCCCCUUCCUCCUCCUUUACCAGUUUAAACUGGUACAUCUGGCCUCAGUGCCUUCCGAAGGAUUGGGAUGGGAAGAGAGUCGGCUACCUGUGGGAAAUAGGAGCAAAGAGAUCCAGUUUCUGUCAUGCAGCCUCUGAGUCGAGUAGCCUGGGCUCAGUUUUGGAUGUGGUGUGAUGGGGGAGAGGGGAGUUGUUCAGCUAGAUAGGAGCAAGGAGAGGUCUCUGCUCCGGGCUCCCCGCGAGGAUGGAUAACCCCAAGCGGAAGGUGAGGAGUGGCUGCUGCCCUCUGAGUACACAGCUUCCUCCUGUCAUCUACACAUGAAGCUGACGGCUAGCACACAAGCUACACACAGACACUCCACCGAGGCACUGGCUGCUUCCCUGCACCAAUUCCAGUGUCCACUGUCUCAUUCAAAGACAGCCCACACCCCCAAAGAUAUGGGCACCGAGGUGGUCUCCGAAGUGUCACCAGAGAGAGUUGGACAUCGAGGGAGGAGGCACCAGUCUCCGAUGUCAAAGUGAAGUGAAGGAAAGUUUAUUUUGUUAUUGUUAAAAAUAUUCUACACACAUACAGUAUAUA